AUGCGUGAAUCUAAGCCUCCGAUGAGCAAUGGUUGUGAUGGCCGACGCUGCAGACAAAGACAGAAUGGUAUAGUUGAAGCGAUGCGACGCCGGUUGCUGCAAAGUUUUAAUCGCCGCCAACCUCGAGAAGCGUCCUGUGGCAUGACCGAGAUCAUUCCUCUUGAAAAAGCCGUUAUCGGCCGAUUACGAUGGUGUCACCAAAAUGGCCCUACGUGA